UUAAAAUGAUUGCAUAGCUACUUUAAAGGAUUUCAAAACCCUUUUGCUCAGUAGCUUUCUGUGUAACUUAAUGUGAUGCUGUUUACAGUAAAGUAUAAAACUUUGCUCAACUUAUUCUGAUGCAAAAACAAAACAUGACAGAAGGAAGAAGCAAUGACACAAUAUACGACGUGGAGUGACAGCAGUGACAGAAAUCUGUCCAGCAGGGCAACCAGAGGAGGACUUUGCUCUUCAAUAUGACUAUAAAACGUCUGAACGGGCGUCUGCACAACACAAGCCAUCAGACUCAGAGUCAAGAAGAGACGAGCUGCCUCUGCAAGAUUCAAUCAUGAAGGUCCUUGUGGUUCUCGCACUUUUCUCUGUUUGCAAUGCCGACAUCCUGUGGCAGGAGCCGCCCAAGACCAGUCUGGACAUGGUGAAAGAUGCUUUCUGGGACUACGUUGCCAAGGCAACACACACUGCUGAGGACUCUCUGGAGAGGAUCAGACAGUCUGAGCUGGGACAGGAAGUCAACACCAAGAUCUCUCAGAGCGCUGAUACAGUGAACCAGUACAUCGUCACUCUGCGUACUCAGGUGGCUCCUCUGACUCAGGACUUCAUGACUCAGUUCUCCCAGGAGGCCGAGCAGCUGAAGGCCCGUCUGGAGAAGGAUCUGACCGCCGUGAGCACUACCCUGCAGCCCUUUGCCGAGCAGCUGGUGGCUGACCUCCAGAGGCAGGUGGAGGAGCUGAAGAAGGAAGCCGCCCCCUACGCAGAGUCCAUGGACCCAGAGGCCCUGAAGGCCGUCUUGCUGCAGAAGAGCCAGGAGCUGAAGGCGGAGCUGGAUAAGAAAGUGACCGAGCUGCAGGCCCAGAUGGUUCCCUACACCGAGGAGAUGAAGCAGAAGAUGGAGCAGAGUGUGGAUGAGUUUCAGAAGAGCAUGAUGCCCCUGGCCCAGAGCUUCCAGACCCAGCUGACCCAGAAAACCCAGGAACUCCAGCAGAGCCUGACUCCCUACGGAGAGGAGCUGAAGGCCAAGCUGGACGCCAGCGCUCAGGACCUGCAGGCUCAGCUGACUACUCUCUGGGAGUCUUUCACUCAGAAGACCCAGUAAGCAGACUAUCCUAUGUCUAUCCAGCCUCUAAUCACCAAAUAUUUAUUGUA